AAAGUUUGCCUUGCAAUCCCCCUGCCUUCCUCUCCUUUCUCCCGAUCAAUGCAUAUUUGCAAAAGGAUUAAGCCACAGAUUUAAGCGCCGGGAGCCCAUUUCUGCCUUGCAAAGGAGAUCGGACUGAAAAACCAAAAGCCAGCUCUGAUUUCUUUUCGCCAAGUGGGAAGGUGGUUUAUUUUUCUUGCUUUUUGGAGUCAACACCCUUCCCCACCAGACCUUAUCCCCACCCUCACCCCGCAACCCCUUCACGCCCCCUCCCCCUCCCCUCUCCCCAUCCUCCCACCAUCCUCUAAAGAGGCAAAGGGAUUUUUUUUUUCUUUUGGUCUUCUUUUUUUCCCCCUUCCCUGUUUAUCCUGAAAAGGAUUUGAAGACAAGCUUGAAGGAUAAAAAGCCUUGGUGCUUCCCAGGAGCCGAGCCGAGGAGCAGAAGAGGAAGAGCCGGGGGCUGCCGUAGCCUUUGGAGAUGGACGAGCAGCCCAGGCUGAUGCAUUCCCAUGCUGGGGUCGGGAUGGCUGGACACCCCGGCCUGUCCCAGCACUUACAGGAUGGGGCCGGAGGGACCGAGGGGGAGGGCGGGAGGAAGCAGGACAUUGGAGACAUUUUACAGCAAAUUAUGACCAUCACAGACCAGAGUUUGGAUGAGGCGCAGGCCAGAAAACAUGCUUUAAACUGCCACAGAAUGAAGCCUGCCUUGUUUAAUGUGUUGUGUGAAAUCAAAGAAAAAACAGUUUUGAGUAUCCGAGGAGCCCAGGAAGAGGAGCCCACUGACCCCCAGCUGAUGCGCCUGGACAACAUGCUGUUAGCGGAAGGGGUGGCGGGCCCCGAGAAGGGCGGAGGGUCGGCUGCGGCCGCGGCGGCAGCGGCGGCUUCCGGAGGAGCAGGUUCCGACAACUCCGUGGAGCAUUCCGAUUACAGAGCCAAACUCUCCCAGAUCAGACAGAUCUACCACACAGAGCUGGAGAAAUACGAGCAGGCAUGCAACGAGUUCACCACUCACGUGAUGAAUCUGCUGCGGGAGCAGAGCCGGACCCGGCCCAUCUCCCCGAAGGAGAUCGAGCGGAUGGUGAGCAUCAUCCACCGCAAGUUCAGCUCCAUCCAGAUGCAGCUCAAGCAGAGCACGUGCGAGGCCGUCAUGAUCCUGCGUUCCCGGUUUCUGGACGCACGGCGGAAGAGACGGAAUUUCAACAAGCAAGCGACAGAAAUCCUGAAUGAAUAUUUCUAUUCCCAUCUCAGCAACCCUUACCCCAGUGAGGAAGCCAAAGAGGAGUUAGCCAAGAAGUGUGGCAUCACAGUCUCCCAGGUAUCAAACUGGUUUGGAAAUAAACGAAUUCGGUACAAGAAGAACAUAGGUAAAUUUCAAGAGGAAGCCAAUAUUUAUGCUGCCAAAACGGCUGUCACUGCCACCAAUGUGUCAGCCCAUGGAAGCCAAGCUAACUCACCCUCAACUCCCAACUCAGCUGGUGGAUACCCUUCGCCAUGUUAUCAGCCAGACAGGAGGAUACAGUGACGGACUCGCAGCCAGUCAGAUGUACAGUCCGCAGGGCAUCAGUGCUAAUGGAGGUUGGCAGGAUGCUACUACCCCUUCAUCAGUGACCUCCCCUACAGAAGGCCCUGGCAGUGUUCACUCUGAUACCUCCAACUGAUCUCCCAGCAAUCGCAUCCCGGCUGACCCUGUGCCCCAGGUGGGGCAGGGGCAGGAGGGAGGGUUUCUCUCCCAACGCUGAAGCGGUCAGACUGGAGGUCGAAGCAAUCAGCAAACACAAUAAGAGUCUCCUUCUCUUCUCUUCCUUGGGAUGCUAUUUCAGCCAAUCUGGACACUUCUUUAUACUCUCUUCCCUUUUUUUUUUUUUUUUUUUCUGGGUAGAAGCCACCCCUCCCUGCCUCCAGCUGUCAGCCUGGUCCCUGUUCAUCUUCCCUGGCCCUUUGCCUUUGUCCUAGACUCCCGGGGCCCCUGUCCUCUAUGACAUCACUGAAGGAUAUUUUCAACAAUUAGAGAAAUUUAAAGAGGAAAAAAAAUGACGAAGAAAAUAAUAAACGUGUUUGUAUGUUUUCA